AUGAAUGCAAGUGUUUUCUUAGCGUACGCUUAUAAAUGGGCUUAUAUCUCCCUUUAUUCUUCAUCUCAUCAUAUAUAUCCAAUGUCUUCUUCGUUAUUGUAUCACUUACGGUUUAUGGCCUUGCUUUUCUUGCUAUUAAUCUUGGUCUUUCCGAUGCACGUUACACCAUUACUAUGUCACAAUAAAGAAAGCUUGGCAUUGCUGCAAUUCAAGCGAAACUUUGUUAUCGACAAGUCAGCUUCGUCUGAUGCCUCUGCUUAUCCAAAGACGAUAUCAUGGAAUCAACAAGGAGAGAAUCCAGACUGCUGCUUGUGGGAUGGUGUGGUGUGUAAUAAGCACACCGGCCGCGUCACUAACCUUGACCUCAGUAGCAGCUGCCUCUAUGGUUCUAUCAAUUCCAGCAGCAGCCUCUUCAGUUUACGCCACCUUCAAAGGCUUAACCUUGCGGACAAUCAUUUCAACUCCUCCCAAAUCCCGUUCGAGUUUGGCAGUUUUCCAAGGCUAGCUUAUCUCAAUCUUUCCUCCUCCAGAUUCUAUGGCAAGAUUUCAUUAGAAAUAGCAGGUUUGAGUAGAUUGAGAUCUCUUGAUUUGACAGGAGAUUUGGAUACAUCUGAAUCAAAAAUGUUGGAGCUCACAAGUCCUGACCUGACAUGGUUAGUUCAAAAUUUAACUCGCAUUGAGAAACUGCAUCUUGACAAUGUAGACUUAUCUGCUGCAAUCCCUGAAAUGGCUGCAAAUUUGUCUUCAUUAUCAUCUCUUAGCCUCUAUAAUUGUGGUCUGCUUGGUAGAUUUCCAAUGGGAAUUUUUGAACUACCAAACCUGCAGUUUCUCAAUGUAGGGAUGAAUGACGAACUUGUUGGUCAUUUGCCUGAAUUUCACUGGGGCUCUCCUCUUGAGUUUUUAUUGCUUCCAAUAACAAAAUUCUCAGGUGGACUUCCUCCUUCAAUAGGUUUCGUUGCUGCUGGAAAUUGUAUCCAAGUUUUCUAUGUUUGGUUGGAGCAGAAACACCAGAAGCAAGCCGCUGUUUCUUAAAAUGUUAGUUUGCCUGGUUAGUCUUUUUGUGUGUUCUGUUGACUCACUUGAGAGAACAUGAGCACCCAAAAAAAAAAAUUCAAUGACGCCAGAGUCUCAACUAGUAGUGUAUGAGAGUUGCAGGGUUUUGUCUGUGGCCCUUAAUUUGAGAUAUGGAUUGUAAUUAGUUUAGCUAUAAUUAGUUAUAAUAAUGACCACAAAUCCUCCUCCAAAUUAUGUAUUGUUUUUUA